AGACGAGAACACAUCAAAACGACGGGCACUGCCCAGCCAAGCUUCCUGGAGCGGCUGAGCGAGACCUCAGGAGGGAUGUUCGUGGGGCUCAUGACCUUCCUGCUCUCCUUCUACAUCAUUUUCACAAAUGAGGGUCGCGCACUGAAGACAGCAACCUCCCUGGCUGAGGGGCUCUCUCUCGUGGUCUCCCCAGACAGCAUCCACAGUGUGGCUCCGGAGAACGAGGGGAGACUGGUGCACAUCAUCGGGGCCUUGCGGACGUCCAAGCUCUUGUCUGAUCCCAACUAUGGGGUGCACAUUCCAGCUGUGAAGCUGCGGCGCCACGUGGAGAUGUACCAGUGGGUGGAGGCCGAAGAGUCCAGAGAGUACACGGAGGACGGGCAGGUGAAGACGGAGACGAAAUACUCUUACAACACUGAAUGGAGGUCUGAAGUGGUCAGCAGCAAAAACUUUGACCGAGAGAUUGGCCACAAAAACCCCAGCGCCAUGGCGGUGGAGUCGUUCACGGCUACAGCCCCCUUCGUCCAGAUUGGCAGGUUUUUUCUCUCGGCAGGCCUCAUUGACAAAGUCGACAACUUUAAGCCACUAAGCCUGUCCAAGCUGGAGGACCCUCACGUGGACAUUAUCCGCCGGGGAGACUACUUCUACCAUAGCGAGAACCCCAAGUACCCAGAGGUGGGAGACCUGCGUGUCUCAUUUUUCUACGCAGGACUGAGUGGGGAUGACCCAAACCUGGGCCCUGCUCACGUGGUCACAGUGAUUGCUCGUCAGCGGGGUGACCAGCUGGUCCCAUAUUCCACCAAAUCUGGUGAUACCUUGCUGCUGCUGCACCAUGGGGACUUCUCAGCUGAGGAGGUCUUUCAGAGAGAACAAAAGAGCAAUGCCAUGAAGACAUGGGGGUUCCGGGCCGCUGGCUGGAUGGCCAUGUUUAUGGGCCUCAACCUCAUGACCCGGAUCCUCUACACCCUGGUGGACUGGCUUCCUGGCCUCCGAGAGUUGGUCAACAUUGGCCUGAAAGCCUUUGCCUUCUGCGUGGCCACCUCCCUGACCUUGCUGACCGUCGCCGCUGGAUGGUUCUUCUACCGGCCCCUGUGGGCCCUCUUCAUUGGCUGCCUGGCACUGGUGCCCAUCAUCAUUGCUCGGACACGGGCGCCAGCCAAAAAGCUCGAGUGAAGGAGGCCCUGGCACCUGCCUGACCC